AUGUUUAUAGACGCACUGCUGAUUUGUGUGCUUUUUCUUACAAAAUGGAUUGUAUGCGAUGAUACAACGAGUACUCCUCCGGUCAAUCAUCUUGUUGCCUUUGGAGAUUCAUAUACGGCCGACAAGGGCGACGAGUGCAAUGGACCAAAGUGGAUAAGACAAUUGGCUUGGGAUAAUAUUACAAUUGACAAUCAUGCUGUUGGAGGAGCCUAUUGCGUAGACACCAACAAUACACAUAGUCCUAGUGUGAAUCAGCAAACUAUGCAUUACAUCAAUUCGAUGCCUGACGAUGAUCCAGCAACGACCAUCUACGUCAUCUUUGUUGGUAUUAACGAUAUGGUGGGCCAUGUGCAUCCGACCGAUGUGCUUCGUUGCAUCAGUAAUCAAAUUGAUCGACUUCACCAAACAGUGGAUGCCAACCGAUUUCUUGUAUUCAACAUGGUCCCAUUUGAUAAAAGUCCUCGAGAGACAGGAGAACAAGCCAUGGCACAAACGUGGAUUGAACACUUUAACCAGCAACUGAAUACAACCAUUACCGAGAAAAGUGCUCAGUACAAGGAUACGCAAAUGGUCUUGAUUGACACCCAUACAAUAAUAUCACAAGUGUUGGAUAACCCUGAAAGCUAUGGGAUCACUCAAGGAACGACUGAUUACUACGCCCGCACGCAUAACCCUCGUCAAGACAAUGACAUGUUGGAUAAUGGGAAUGUGUAUUUUUGGUUUGACAAGGCUCACAUGACCAAUGUUGUCCAUGCACAACUUUCUAAAUCCAUUGUUGAGCAAAAUCCUUUCCCAAGCAUGAAUUUAAUGAGCACAGGGGGUUCAUCCACAAGCUAUAAGAUAUCACCGGUGUAUUUUGUAAUAGUAAUCAUGAUUGCAUUAUGUAUACUUUAUUGUUGA